ACGACUUUGACGCCAUAGAAAAUUAGAUUAUAUUAGUUGUAAAAGUCCGAAAAUCAUAGUUAUAGAACGCUUGAAUAUUACCACCCCAAUUAUGUAUGAAGCAAACCAAAAAAGCCCACAACAGCAGAAGGAUUACGAGCUGCCCGAUCCGCCCAUCGAUUCCAUUUCUGCCCUGGAGUUUGUACCGCGAUCGAGUUCCUGGAACGCUCUGUGCGCUGGCAGUUGGGAUAAGUCGGUGAGCGUCUGGGAAGUGCAGACGGACAAGGUCGUGCCCAAGGCCAAAAAGUCUCUGGAUGGCAUUCCCUUGGAUGCCGCUUGGAACGAUUCGGGCAGUAAGAUAUAUGUGGCCGAUACCAACGGCGCCGUGAUCCAGUGGGAUUUGGAAUCCAAUCAGCUGGCCAAGGUGGGUGCUCAUGAGCAAGGAGCACGAACUUGCCAUUGGCUGGGCUCUUACCUGAUCACUACCUCGUGGGAUAAGACCAUGAGGUUCUGGGAUCCGCGCACUCCCAUCGAAUUGGCCAAGAGGGAUCUUCCGGAUCGCAGCUUCGCCGCCGAUGUCCUCCAUCCCAUGGCUGUGGUGGCCUGUGCCGAUCAAUCCGUCAUGGUUUUAAACCUGAACACCGGACCCUUGGACCAAACACAGAUGAUAUGCCCUGGUCAGAGGAGCUCCCAAGUGCGAUCUGUGGCCAUUUGUCAGGGCAAAGAGUUGGGAGCCAGUAGUUGGUUUCUAGCCAAAUCGGAUGGCAUUGUGUACGAGCAAAGCUUAAUGAAGAGUUCAAGAGUCAUCAGGUGUCAUCGCAAAGAGGCACUAGAUGGCUUCUUGGACACCCAUGCGGUGCAUGAGGUGAAGGUCAAUAGGGUGACCAACCAGAUGGCCACCGUGGGAUCGGAUGGAGUGUUUUGUUUUUGGGACUCCCAGAUGUCCAACAUGUUAAUGCAGAGCCAGGCUCAUGAUCAGCCGAUCACCAAGUGCUCGAUCAGUGGCGAUGGUCAGCUAUUUGCCUAUGCCUUGGGUUAUGAUUGGAGUAAGGGGUACGAGCACUGCGAUCCUAACAAGAAACCCCAGAUAUUCCUAAGACCCUUUGGGAUUUAGAUAACCAUCUAAAAACUUAGCAGUU